AUAAUUCUAAUUGUUUUUUGCUGUGUAAUGAAGUUAAUAAAUUAAUCAGUGAAGUCUUCAAACCACCAGUGACUAAAACAGUGACAGUUGGAUAAAAGUUUCUGGGAAUGUAGGUUAUGACCACAUGAAGAAAUUAUUGAAGAUUAUUUAUGAACCCCGCAAGUGACUGUGAUUUGCACACACACACACACUCUGUGAAUACAUAUACAACAAAAUUUUGAAUGCAGUAUCCAUCUGUGCUGUUUAACACUUGGGAAAACUGAUGAAUCACGUGUUUUUCUCAAAGCUGUUGUGCCGAGUCAUCGGUGCAGCUGGUAUUCGCUGAUGUCUAUCUGUGCAGGCUGAGCAGGUUGCAUGGCAGGAGACGUCAUGUGACUGUCGUGUUUCUGAAUACCUGUGCGUGUCUGUACUUAUUAGGAUUACUUAUUUCUAGCAUUAAACGCGGACCAUGUCAGGGCCAGUAUUCCUCAUGGAGACCAAAACCUUGUCUUGAUGAGGCAGAACCUCAUCUAUGAGGAACUGGUUUAGAGAUAAGGCUUUGGUUUGGCUGUCCAAAUGAGCAAAAGGCAACGUUCUUACAAACCUGUAUGUGUGUGGUAAGGUCAGGGUAGGUGCACUCAUUGUAUCUGUUGCCAUGACGAGUCAAACCUUUGUGUGCGGUGGCUCUGUCUUACACCUGCUGGGUGCAAGCUCCACCUCUCAUUGCUGAUUGGCUGACUCGACAAUAAGAAUCCAAACACUUAAAAUAGGAUGAACCUGUCUCUGUAUCUCACCUGUCACUUACUGUUUUACAGCCACUGAAAGAACCACACAUGCACACAAGCUGUUUUAGUGUGAGUUUGGAGAAAACCAUCAGGAUCAUCAAGGUACAGACACUGCACUGAAUGCACAAAAGUGUGUGUGAAUGAGUUGUUUUUGUCCAUUUUUCAUCAUGAGUCUCAAAGGCAGGAGAUUUUCCCUGGACAGCUCAGUCAGCCUGGAUGGAGUUGGAGUCUUUGGUCUACGGAGAGGCAGCAGCAGCAUCAGCAAGAAAUCGAGGCCAAGCAAGAGUCUGGACGAGGCCCGACUGAAGAUCCACGACUUUAAUCAAAACCUCAGCUCCAACAUGACUCUCAGGGAUCAGACCAUCGCAGAGGAGGACCUUCACCAAGCACAAGAACUUAACAGUCAUAGCCUCCAGAAACACAAUAAGAGCUUCCACAAGCUGUUCCAGGAAAUUUCUGAGGGGGAGAACCUGACAGACAUGUUCACCUGUGCCUUGCAGAAGGAGGUGUUGUAUCACGGGAAACUCUACAUUUCUGAGAACCAUGCAUGUUUCCAUUCCUCCGUGCUGCUCAAAGACACCAAGGUGGUGAUUCCCGUGUCCAGCGUCACAGCGGUGAAGAAACAUAGCUCGGCUUUGUCAAUGCUGUCCAUUCAAACUGCUGAUGGAGACAAAUUCACGUUCGUGUCUUUGAGGAACCGUGAAAUUUGCUACAAGCUCCUCCAAAGUGUCUGCUCGUAUGUUCAGCAGGCAACUCCAGGUGGAGACAGCCCUCCCCUCUCCUCUGCAGACAAUGAAGCUGAUCGGGAUGCGGUCUCCAGUUACUCCAGUCUGGAGGACAGCAUAGAUCACAAUCUGAGGAGACAACACAGCUUUGAUCUUGGUGACUUUCCUCAGAUUUCCAGUGAGAGUCCCACAAGAUGCAGUUCCGCUCAUCAAAGCAUCUUAACAGGUGAAGACGACCAAGCUUUGUCAUGGAUCUGGAAGCUCACAGAGAAGGUUUUCUCGUUCUUCCUUCUCCGAGAAAUAAGGAAUCUCAGCGUUCUCUUUUAUAUCUUCAUUAUGUUAAUUGCGUUGCUGUUGCUGGUGUCUGGAUACAUUGGGCUGAGGAUCGUUUUGCUGGAGGAGCAGCUGAAUUCUUUGGGAGCCCUGACUGAGUUGUCUUUGCACCACAAAGAAUACCAAGAAACAUAGCCUGUGGCAAGGGAAUUGUGACAGAGAAGUCUUUCCAGGAAAUCAUGCAGUGUACCGCUCUAUUCAAAUCCUAUUCUGAGCCCUGUCUAGACAGGAUCCCAAAAGCACCUUAACACUGAGUCCCUGUCCAUUUGACAAACAGUUUCAUCGGUUGAUGGUGUUUUCCACGCUUAAGUUCCCUCACAGUAAAUGUUAAACUCCUGCAAAAGUGCCAUGUCAUGCAGGACACUAUUUUGUUGGACAUGCACUGAUUUUCUGCUGACAGUUUAAAACAAAGGGGUGCAGCCGUCCUGUUCUGAGCCAUAUGGAGUCAUCCUGCUGAAGCCAUGUUUAUUUCCUGGCCAGUGAACAGCUGAGCUCAGCAAGCAAACACGGCUGGAGACUUUGUCAUGUCAUGGUUUUGGAUCAGCACAACCUACAGCAGCAAGAGUACACGGCAAACAAGAUGGCGAGAGAUGCACUGUGUCCAUUGAUUUGAAGUAAAUUAUAUAUUUUAUAACUUAAAGGGUUCACUAUUUAUUCUUUUUGGAGUCUGCUGUUAAUAAGACAAGACAGCAAUGUCAACAAUUGGCCAGCAGAGGGCAGUCACUUCCAUAAAACUUGGUUGGUAAGGUGUUACACACCCAGGAUUUCCCUUUUACUGCUAUUAUCAUAUCAUGACUGGAGAAUCUGUUUCAUAUUUCAAUUGAUUUUGAUGCAUUCAAACGUUUGUUUUCCAAUUGCAAUAAAGUAUU